CCUGGUUUUCUUCGGUUGUGCUUGAGCUUAUUGCGCUUAGAAUAACAAUAAGCGCCACUUGUUCUUACCGAUGAAAAAACGCCCUUGCUUACUCUAACUAUGUACUUUGUUUAGCGUCGUCCCUGCCACGCCCUAUCACGCAGGAGAACGAAGCGAGUGUCGUCCUGCUACCAGGGCGUAGAGGAGCCUGCAGUUCCGCAGCAGCGCAAGCGUGCCUACAGCUGUCGGCGUCGGUUCUCUACUUCGUAUACGUGUGAAAAUCAGUCGCCACAACUCUCCCAUCAAGAUGUCGCUCUCGCGUGCACUUACGUCUUUGGUCCUCUUCGACCACCAGUCACUCUCCACUUCUGCCAUCAAACUCGCCGCCAACAAUGCAAAAACUCAAGCCACCACGACAGCCCUCUCCAUUACGAAAACCUCCGCCCUGCGCACAAGGAAAUUCUCCAGAAAAGAGGACUGGGACGCUGAGAAGGCGAUGCAGGUCGUGCUCGGCUACAACUACACGACCGGAUUGUACGCCAUUCCGCCCCCGCAGUCCCCGGAGGUCGCCGAGGCCUACUGCGAAACUUUCUGGGAAGAGUGCGAGCACACGGAGCAGCCGGCCUUCGUGCCGGACCGCCACAUCACCGCGCAGACCGCAUUGCAAUGCCCCCGGAUCUCGGCGCUGAUCAAGGAGGGAUUGUUCGAUCCGGAGAUGGUUUCGCAAGAGCACGGCAUGGUAUGCGCGAAAAAAGACCCAUUUUCCCCAUGACCCAAUUUGCCAUGCAAAGCAUGCAACAAGAACACAACAAGAAACAACGCCUGUGUUAUGUGUCGUGCGAAAGACGGAUGGGAAUAAUGGCUGCUCUUUUUUGUGGAUACAGGACCGCGGAAGAGUACAAGUGGGGCUGCUCCUCCGUCAUUUUCCACUGGCAGGAGCCCCCGCAGCCCCGCGCCCCGACGGUGAACUGCCAGGCCUGGUGGUCCAUGUGCCACAGCAUGGGGCCAGAGUACGACCCGCACAUGGGAGAAUUCGUCACGUUUGAAACCGCGACCACGCAGUGCACACGGAUCAUGGACUUGCUCGAAGCCGGCCACCUGAUGAAGGAACAGAUCCCGCCGCAGCUGUUUCGGGAGGACUACUUGCAGGGGUGCGAAAUGUACGAACAGGUAGGAGAAAUUUCGACUGUGCUGGCUUUCACUCUCAGUUUUAAUUUUGUAGCGUCGGGGGCGUCGUGUUCAGGGCAUCAUGACAGCAAAAUUUAAAUUACAGAGAAAAGUAUACUACAACAUGAUGACAUAAAGAAGGGGAUCCAUCUGAGUCUGCUUCAUGGUUAUAGCAAUACAACCUAGAAGUUAGGGCGCUGAUUGGAACUCUUUACUACGUAUCGUUCACACCUGAGUAACACCAUGAUGACACAACGGAGGAGAUGUUGAUAGACUUGUGGUUUCUCGACGUGCCAUGGCGGCUUGCUUUGUUUACGAAGUUCGCUGCUGUGGUGCUUCUUGCCUCAUCUAUGUGAGAAAAAACCACCAAGAAAGAUGUGAACUCUCUUCGCACGCGUGUCUGAGAAUGAAUGGAAGAAGAGAUAGAGUCCAUUUCAUCUGGUGACGCAACUCCAAUUGAAAUUGUGUCGCUGUGGCACCAUAUUUGUUUCAGGACAAAACACCUAGCACGUCGAUGAUAUUAUUCAAUUAAACAACUCCAACCCAGACCGUCCUGCACAUGGAGGACGCACGGCGGAUGCACCACGAGACCCACCACGAGGGGUGCAUGACGCAGGGCGAGCACAUCCCGGCCGAUCCGGCGGACGACUGCUUUCGCUACUGGGAGGACUGCUGGUACGCCGCCGUCGGCGAUGCCCACAUCGCCGCGACGCAGGAGCCGGUUCUUUCCGGGGCGAUGAUCGCCACCAGCCCGAAGUGCGCGCAGUUGAAGCACAUGCUUCCGAUGCACAUGCAGGAACAACUGAACACCACGGCGGGCAUCGGGCGGGAGGACUUCGUGAUGCAGUGCGAGGCGGAAAUGGGACUGCUGUCCGCCAUGCACUACCCCAAUGAAACCGUCGCGGAUACGUGCUCUAUGUGCCACAACAAUUGCUACGACCAGGCGUACCCAAUGCUGAUGGCUGCAGAAGGCAGUCGCGAGUGCUCCAGCUGCCACGCCUGCCACGAUGGGUGUGAAGACAUCAUGGGGUAAGUACGGACUUUACUUUCGAAUAUGUUCCUCGCAUGAGAAAACGCCUGAGCACCUGCAUUGCUGAUUGUAAGAAGUACAAGUAGCUCAUGCAUGACAAGCAAAAAAAUGAAAAUCCAGUUACGACGACGGCACCUGCCACCAGCUCUGCGACGCCGAUAAGAAGGAGGGCUUUUCCGGCUGUCAGGUGUGCGAGGCCAAGAAGGAGGCGGUCAUCCCCCACGCGUGCAUGAUGCGCUGUGAUGUCGAUUCCUGCGGCGGCCACAUUGCCAAUCCGGCCCAGGACGAGUGCGCGCAGUGCCACGCUGCCUGUGACGACGGAGACUGCCACUCGCACUGCGAUAUGGUAUACGAUAGCUUGGUGUCAUUCUUGUCAUGCAAUAUCACAAAUGUAGCUCUUAGUCUGUCAUCUUACUUGUCUUUCAUUCAGUACUGCAGAAAUAAAACAUCGGCUCUUCUAUUCUCCCCCACCACUACCAGAUCUGCGGCCACGAGCACUUUGUGGAACCAACCCCGCCCAUCGACCACGCGGCCGGGGCCAGCGACGGGCACAUGGUGCCGCUUGGCGUGAACGGCACGUCGGUGCACGACAUGGCCAUGCAGGCGGGCAUCACCCACGACCAGUUUGCCGCGGCGGGAAUCCACCUGUCGGACCACGAGGAGUCCAACGCCACCAUGACCAUGCCGGCGGGCAACGCCACCAUGCCGCCACCGCCGCCCCCGGGCCCCACCGACAUCGAGGGCAUGGCCAACGAGGCCGCGGCGGGGGCCAUGAACGGAACUACGAUGCCGCCCAUGCCGGAGGACCAACCGCCAAUGACCAAUGCGACCAUGAUGCCGCCGCCCCCGCCAACCGGGUCCUCCCUGACGCCCACCGUGCCCAUGGGUGACCCGAGCGCGGCCACAGUGGCCCCGCCGCCGCCGCCGACCAUGGCUGGCAGCACGUUGGACCCCACCGCGCCGAUGGGAGCGCCGGCCGCCCCCGCUCCGGCCGUGAUCCCGGGAAUGGACUCCACGGGCAGUAUGAACCCACCGGCCAUGACGUUCUUGAGGCACUUGGUGCGCUAGACUGGAGAAUGUCGCUGCGAUUGGUGGUGCUGGUCUUGAAGAACGUAAACUUGUUUCGAAGGAGCUUUGUCUGAAAACCGAAUUUAUGUAAGAUGAGAAGUAACUUGGCAAACAAGUUGCUCCUACUACAACUGCCUCUGCCAUUUUUACAAAAAUGCACUGGAUUGAAUGAACUUUUUUUUUCCUCCAGUCUUAUUUUUUCCCGAUUUCGAAGGAACACUGACG